ACAUUACAUGACGAUACUUGCUCUUGCUUUUAAGCUAGUUUCUGUGCUAAAGCAAGUCAGUUUUGUAAAACCGGGCCCAAUUCCACACGGAAACAGGAAUAUUUACUCCAAUUAUCAUCUAAACUACCAAUUACACGAGAAACCAACUAAUUAACUACGCAGCGGCGGCAGUGCUAACACAGCUCCGGCAACGCGAGAGAGAAGAGAGCCACCCCUCUACCUGGAGAGGAAGCCAGGGACCGGGGGCAGUCAUGGCAGCGAACAUGUACCGGGUUGGAGAUUAUGUUUAUUUUGAGAACUCGUCCAGUAACCCACUGCUCAUCAGGAGGAUAGAGGAGUUGAACAAGACAGCCAAUGGGAACGUGGAGGCCAAAGUGGUGUGUUUUUACCGGCGCAGGGACAUCUCCAGUACACUCAUCGCCCUGGCAGACAAACAUGCAAGGGAGCUGGAGGAGGAGAUGGAGAAUCCAGAGAUGGCGGACCUCCCCGAGAAACAGAAACACCAGCUCAGACACAGAGAGCUCUUCCUGUCCCGCCAACUGGAGUCUUUACCUGCCACACACAUCAGGGGGAAGUGCUGUGUGACGUUGCUGAAUGAGACAGAAGCCUUGAAGUCGUACCUGGACAGAGAGGAUGCCUUCUUCUACUCGCUGGUGUACGACCCUCAGCAAAAGACUCUGCUGGCUGAUAAGGGGGAGAUCCGUGUUGGGAACAAGUUCCAGGCCGACAUCACCGACCUCCUGAAAGAAGGCGAGGAUGAUGGCAGAGACUUGGAGAAACUAGAGGAGAAGGUCUGGGACCCCAACAGCUCACUGACGGAGAAACAGAUUGACCAGUUCUUAGUAGUAGCUCGGUCAGUAGGUACGUUCGCCAGAGCCUUGGACUGCAGUAGUUCUGUCCGACAGCCCAGCCUUCACAUGAGUGCUGCUGCAGCCUCCAGAGACAUCACUUUGUUUCACGCUAUGGACACCCUCCAUGCCACCGGCUAUGACAUGACUCGAGCCAUUGCAGCGCUGGUGCCUCAGGGUGGGCCCAUCCUCUGCAGGGAUGAAAUGGAGGAGUGGAGCGCCUCGGAGGCCAACCUGUUUGAGGAGGCACUAGAAAAAUACGGCAAAGACUUCACUGAUAUCCAGCAGGAUUUUUUGCCCUGGAAGUCCCUGACGAGUAUUAUUGAGUAUUACUACAUGUGGAAGACCACAGACAGAUAUGUACAGCAGAAACGAUUAAAAGCAGCUGAGGCAGAAAGCAAGUUGAAGCAGGUCUACAUCCCUAACUAUAACAAGCCAAACCCCAACCAGCUGAGUAACAAUAUAAAACCAGCUCUGGUGAAUGGAGCGGCGGGGGCAAUGGUCCCAGGACCUCCAGGCUCAGGGCAGACCCCUAGCCUUGGCAGAGCCUGUGAAAGCUGCUACACCAGUAGCUCCUACCAGUGGUACUCGUGGGGACCUCCCAACAUGCAGUGUCGCCUGUGCGCUUCAUGCUGGACCUACUGGAAGAAGUACGGAGGGCUGAAGAUGCCCACAAGACUGGAUGGAGAGAGGCCUGGACCCAACCGCAGCAGCAUGAGCCCCCACGGCCUGCCCCGGCUGCACAGCGGCAGCCCCAAGUUCGCAGUGAAGACGCGACAGGCUUUCUACCUGCAGACUAAUGGCCUGACGCAGAUGGCACGCCGCCUCUGCCAGGACAUCAUCAGGCCGCGAUACCUGGCCAGGCACCCCUACCUCCCUGUCAACACAGCAGCCAUCAAGGCAGAAUGUGCUCUGCGGUUGCCAGAUGGGCCAAAAAAGCCUUUGCCACUGAAACCUGUGGAACGUAAACCUCUGGAGUCUGUGGUUCGGUAUUUAGAAGCACAUCCCCGUCCAGCCAAACCCGACCCCCCAAUUCGUGGAGGGACCAUCUCUACAGGCAGCCUGACGCCCAUAAAGUCGUCCCCCAUCCUCAACAAUGGCUCACCCACCAUCCUGGGCAAACGCUCCUAUGAACAGCACAACGGACUGGAUGGCACUAAGUCCAAAGCCCUGACUCCACAGUGGGACAUCAUGGCCAAACGGAUGAGCGAAGCGGGGCGGCCCUCUGUCUCCCUGCAGGACGAGGUACAUGAACUGGACUGAACACUCUGUGGAAAUGACCUCUACUACAAACCCCAGAGGGGGACAUGAAAUGGAAAGGCAUUUUCCAAUAAACCAUAGCCAAGGGCAGCUGAGGGAAGUUGAAGCUGAAAGGAGACGACAGCAUUGGCCACCUUUCUUCAGUCAGUACGGGUCUGUCACACUGCUGAAGACCAAUCGAUAAUCGAUCAGUUUGGCUGUGGUCAAUGAGAAGAUGAGCCUGACUGUACAGGACUGUGUUUAUUACUUACAUUUCUUGUUAUAACUGUCAUUGUAAUUAUUGCUAUUGUUAUAAUAAUUUUUUUUUUUUUACCAACUAUAACUCAGCUUAUUGUUUGUCGAUCAAACGAUGGAACUUGUGAAGUUUCAUGAAAAAUACUUGCAGAGCCCUGUGGAAAAGGGUGGAAGGACUGUAACAUAAGCCACUUGCAUCUUCUAUGUUUGUUUUGUUGUUGUUUUUUUAACAAGUUAAAUUUAACAAGAAGACGCACUUUUAUUUCAGCGACACGAGUUAACUCCUUGUCUUUUGUUUCAAUGAAUUUGAAUGCUUUACGGGAAAUCUUCUGUUUUGUGAGCCGGCCCUGCUCUUCGGCCAGAGAGGUUUAACUUAUUGAGAAAGACUUGCUGUUUUUUCUACCUUUUUCACAAGUAAUGCAUCUAUGCUUAGAUAAUGUAAUUAAAAAAGAUAAUUGAUUUUC